CUGGAGCAGAAGCACACACAGCUGGCCGAGGAGAAGAACUUGCUGCAGGAACAGCUACAGGCGGAGACCGAGCUGUAUGCGGAGGCUGAGGAGAUGCGCGUGCGUCUGGCAGCCAAGAAACAGGAGCUGGAGGAGAUCCUGCACGAGAUGGAGGCCCGCCUGGAGGAGGAGGAAGACAGGGGCCAGCAGCUACAGGCUGAAAGGAAGAAGAUGGCCCAGCAGAUGCUGGAUCUGGAGGAACAGCUGGAGGAGGAGGAAGCUGCAAGGCAGAAACUCCAACUCGAGAAGGUCACAGCUGAGGCCAAGAUCAAGAAACUGGAGGAUGACAUCCUGGUCAUGGAUGAUCAGAACAACAAACUAUCCAAGGAGCGAAAACUUCUUGAAGAGAGGAUUAGUGACUUAACGACAAAUCUUGCAGAAGAAGAAGAAAAGGCCAAGAAUCUUACCAAGUUGAAAAACAAGCACGAAUCUAUGAUUUCAGAACUGGAAGUGCGGCUGAAGAAGGAGGAGAAGAGCCGGCAGGAGCUGGAGAAGUUGAAGCGGAAGCUGGAGGGUGAUGCUAGCGACUUCCACGAGCAGAUUGCCGACCUCCAGGCCCAGAUUGCCGAGCUCAAGAUGCAACUGGCCAAGAAGGAGGAGGAACUGCAGGCAGCCCUGGCCAGGCUUGACGAUGAAAUCGCCCAGAAGAACAACGCCCUGAAGAAGAUCCGGGAGCUGGAAGGCCACAUCUCUGACCUCCAAGAGGACCUGGACUCUGAGCGAGCUGCCAGGAACAAGGCCGAGAAGCAGAAGCGAGAUCUGGGCGAGGAGCUGGAGGCCCUGAAGACAGAGUUGGAGGAUACGCUGGACAGCACAGCCACCCAGCAGGAGCUCAGGGCCAAGAGGGAGCAGGAGGUGACUGUGCUGAAGAAGGCCUUGGACGAGGAGACACGGUCCCACGAAGCGCAGGUGCAGGAGAUGAGGCAGAAGCACGCACAGGCGGUGGAAGAGCUUACAGAACAGCUGGAGCAAUUCAAGAGGGCCAAGGCCAACCUGGACAAGAGCAAGCAGACGUUGGAGAAGGAGAACGCAGACCUGGCGGGCGAGUUACGCAUGCUGGGCCAGGCCAAGCAGGAGGUGGAGCACAAGAAGAAGAAGCUGGAGGCACAGCUGCAGGAGCUGCAGUCCAAGUGCAGUGAUGGGGAGCGUGCCCGGGCAGAACUCAACGACAAGGUCCACAAGCUGCAGGUGAGGCGGCACCCAGCCAGGCAGGGAUGCUUCGCCAGCCAGCUGAAGUCUCUCUUGCUGCCCAGCAAGUCAUUUCCUCUAGCAACAUUCCUCGCGGGGAGGAGAGGGCUUCUACUAACCCACCUCUCGGCCUCUCAGAGUGAAGUGGAGAGUGUCACGGGGAUGCUCAACGAGGCUGAGGGGAAGGCCAUCAAGCUGGCCAAGGACGUGGCAUCCCUUGGGUCCCAGCUCCAGGACACCCAGGUGAGCGUCCUGCCACAUCCUCUGGGGGGGGCCUAG